GUGGAAUACUCUCCGAAUCUACAUACAUAUUUAAAACCCUAAUUCUCAUUUGUCACAACACUGUCUCUUAUAGCUUGAUCUCCGCCUCAGCUUCUUUUUAUCUCGAUUUGCUCUCCCGGAAGAUUUCCAGAACAAUUUCUGAUCCAAAAUCAGACGCCGAAGUUCGUAUACUUUCCGUCUGAGCAAUGGCUUUGGUCUUGCACACGUACAAGGGAAACAAAAGUGCUGACAAGGCACUCAUUGCCGCAGAGUACGCUGGCGUGAAGAUCGAUGUGCCUGACUUUGAGAUGGGUGUCACAAACAAAACCCCAGAGUUCCUCAAGAUGAACCCUAUUGGAAAGGUUCCGGUACUUGAGACUCCGGAGGGUCCCAUUUUUGAGAGCAACGCCAUUGCUCGUUAUGUUAGCCGGUUGAACGGCGACAACUCCUUGAACGGAUCUUCCCUGAUCGAAUAUGCACAUAUUGAGCAAUGGAGUGAUUUCUCCUCAUUGGAGAUUUAUGGAAACUUUUGGAAGUGGUUGGGCCCAAGAUUGGGAUAUAUGCCAUACAAUGCUCAGGAUGAGGAAGCUGCCAUCUCUGCAUUGAAAAGAGCACUUGAUGCAUUGAAUACACAUCUCACUUCCAACACUUACCUUGUUGGACAUUCUAUCACCCUUGCUGAUAUUAUCACCGUCUGCAACUUGAACUUGGCAUUUUCCAAUAUCAUGACCAAGAGCUUUACCUCUGCAUUCCCUCAUGUUGAGAGAUACUUCUGGACCGUGAUUAACCAACCAAACUUCAAGAAAGUGGUGGGUGAUGUCAAACAGACUGAAGCAGUCCCUCCUGUUGCUUCCAAGAAAGCUGCCCAGCCUGCAAAGCCCAAGGAACAGCCCAAGAAGAAGGAAGCCCCUGCAGCAGAGGCGCCUAAGCCUGCUGAAGAGGAAGAGGCACCAAAGCCCAAAGCAAAGAACCCUCUUGACUUGCUACCACCAAGCCCAAUGGUUCUCGAUGAGUGGAAGAGGCUUUACUCAAACACCAAAUCUAACUUCCGUGAGGUUGCUAUUAAAGGAUUCUGGGACAUGUAUGACCCAGAAGGGUACUCACUGUGGUUCUGCGACUACAAGUACAACGACGAGAACAUGGUGUCCUUCGUGACGCUGAACAAGGUGGGUGGGUUCCUACAGCGCAUGGACCUGGCACGUAAAUACGCCUUUGGAAAGAUGCUUAUCUGCGGGUCGGAGGGUCCGUUCAAGGUGAAGGGUCUAUGGCUGUUCCGUGGACCAGAGAUCCCAAAGUUCAUAAUGGAUGAAGUGUAUGACAUGGAGCUUUACGAGUGGACUAAGGUUGAUAUCUCAGAUGAAGCCCAGAAGGAGCGCGUCAGCCAGAUGAUCGAAGACGCAGAGCCAUUUGAAGGUGAAGCUCUCUUGGACGCCAAGUGCUUCAAGUGAAAAAAAGAACACAGUUUUGUUUUAAUAUGUGCCCCUUAAAAAGUAUUUCGUUUUGCAACUGUUCGAACAAGGUUGUAUGACAUUCUCAUAAAACUUCGGUAAGAGAGUGGAAGUCUGUUCCAUUUUCGUUUGUUGUCUGUCACUAUUUAAAUCGUUUUGUUUUUAAAUGAUUACAUGUGUUUUGCUAA